AAAAUUCCGGGGAUAUAAUUGUUUUUAAAACUUAAUUUCUUUAGAUUUUCCUUCCGAAACUUAACAACAUGUCAAAGAGACGCAUUGAAGUCGGUGAGACAUACUCAAGUAAACAGAAAAAGGGAGACGAGAUGGCCUCGACAUCAUCCUCAUCCACGGUGGCUGGUAGUACAUCACUUGGUCCGGUUACGGCACCCAAACAACCUGGUUCCAUGAAUCCCUUCACAUUGCGGCCGUAUUCACAGCGUUUCCAUCAGUUGUACAAGAAGCGAAUCACAUUGCCUGUUUUCGAAUAUCAAACUGAUUUCAUGCGUCUGCUGAACAAUCAUCAGUGUAUCGUGUUGGUGGGUGAGACAGGUUCCGGCAAAACAACACAGAUACCACAAUGGUGUGUUGAUUAUGCCGUAUCGAAGGGUAAGAAGGGUGUCUCGUGUACACAACCACGUCGUGUGGCUGCUAUGUCUGUGGCACAACGUGUCUCCGAAGAAAUGGAUGUCAACCUGGGUGAAGAAGUCGGUUAUUCUAUUCGUUUUGAGGACUGUUCUUCGCCAAAGACUUUGCUCAAGUACAUGACAGACGGUAUGUUGCUGCGAGAAGCCAUGUCCGAUCCUAUGUUGGAACAAUAUCAGGUGAUAUUGUUGGAUGAGGCUCACGAAAGGACAUUGGCUACCGAUAUUCUGAUGGGUGUACUCAAAGAGGUUAUUCGUCAGCGUAGUGAUUUAAAAUUAGUUGUGAUGUCUGCCACACUGGAUGCUGGUAAAUUCCAGCAAUACUUUGACAAUGCUCCACUUAUGAAUGUCCCAGGUCGUACACAUCCUGUAGAGAUAUUCUACACACCCGAACCGGAACGUGAUUAUUUAGAGGCAGCCAUACGUACUGUGAUUCAAAUUCAUAUGUGUGAGGAGAUCGAAGGUGAUAUUCUGAUGUUCUUAACGGGUCAGGAGGAAAUCGAAGAGGCUUGUAAACGUAUAAAACGUGAAGUGGAUAAUUUGGGUUCGGACAUAGGGGAACUAAAAUGUAUACCAUUGUAUUCAACUUUACCACCAAAUCUACAGCAACGCAUUUUUGAACCAGCACCACCACCAAAUGCCAAUGGUGCUAUUGGACGUAAAGUUGUCGUCUCAACAAAUAUUGCAGAAACUUCACUGACCAUUGAUGGUGUGGUGUUCGUAAUUGAUCCUGGUUUUGCCAAGCAGAAGGUCUACAAUCCACGUAUUCGUGUUGAAAGUUUAUUGGUAUCACCCAUUUCGAAAGCUUCGGCUCAACAGAGAGCUGGUCGUGCCGGUCGUACAAAACCAGGCAAAUGUUUCCGACUCUACACCGAGAAGGCUUACAAGAAUGAAAUGCAAGAUAAUACAUAUCCGGAAAUUUUGAGAUCUAAUUUGGGCACCGUGGUCUUGCAGUUGAAAAAACUCGGUAUAGACGAUUUGGUCCAUUUCGAUUUCAUGGAUCCCCCAGCUCCCGAAACUUUAAUGCGUGCUUUGGAACUUCUCAAUUAUUUGGCUGCAUUGGAUGACGAUGGCAAUUUAACUGAUUUGGGUGCUGUUAUGUCAGAAUUUCCCUUGGAUCCUCAAUUGGCUAAAAUGCUUAUUGCCAGUUGCCAACACAAUUGUUCAAAUGAAAUUCUUUCUAUAACGGCUAUGCUGUCGGUACCACAAUGCUUUGUUAGACCAAAUGAGGCCAAAAAGGCAGCUGAUGAGGCUAAGAUGCGUUUUGCUCACAUCGAUGGUGAUCACUUGACUUUGCUGAAUGUUUAUCAUGCCUUUAAACAGAGCAGUGAAGAUCCCAAUUGGUGUUAUGAGAACUUUAUUAAUUUCCGUUCUCUUAAAUCGGCCGAUAAUGUACGACAACAAUUGGCUCGCAUUAUGGAUCGUUUCUGUUUGAAACGUAGCAGUACAGAAUUCACAUCCAAGGAUUAUUAUGUGAAUAUACGCAAAGCCUUGGUACAAGGAUUCUUUAUGCAGGUGGCCCAUUUGGAACGUACCGGCCAUUAUCUGACCAUUAAAGAUAAUCAAGUUGUACAAUUACAUCCCUCAACAUGUUUGGAUCAUAAACCCGAUUGGGUUAUAUACAAUGAAUUUGUAUUGACCACCAAGAAUUAUAUACGUACCGUUACAGAUGUUAAACCCGAAUGGUUAUUAACACUGGCUCCCCAAUAUUAUGACUUAAACAAUUUCCCUCAAUGUGAGGCUAAACGACAAUUGGAAAUGCUACAACAACGUUUGGAAUCGAAACAAUAUCAAAAGGGAUUUUAAAAAGUU